CGAACACCCACGGGUUUCUACGAAGGCUAAAAUUAGCACCAUUACGUCUUGGAAAUUCACACUGAAUAUACAACUUUGGAAAGUCCAACUCCUGAAAUAUACUCAGUGUGGUAAAAUUUGUGUCUAUACUGACAUGGCUGAGCUCAACUUUGGAUACGAUAACCCGAUGGGUUUGGGAAGUAACGACUUGAGGCUUCUAAUGGAUGGGAACCAUGAAUUAUUAACAAAUUUUGACCCAGCAGAUAAUGACCUGGUUCAACUGAUAACAGCACAAAAUCAGGAAUCAUUCAUGACCCCUCAAAUUCCUGUGACUCAACCCCAACCCCCCAAGCCACAGAAACAGACAACGCACAGAGGAACCCCCCACAAAACGCAAGACGGAAUAUAUGUUGAGAUCGUAGAACAGCCCAAGCAGAGAGGGCUGCGGUUCCGCUACGAGUGUGAGGGGAGAUCAGCGGGCAGCAUUCCUGGUGAAGGCAGCACCUCUGAGAAGAAGACCUUUCCAACCAUUAAGAUUCACAACUACACUGGCACAGCGGUGAUAGUGGUCUCCUGUGUGACCAAAGAUCAGCCGUACGAACCCCACCCCCACAACCUAGUGGGCAGGGACUGCAAAAGGGGGGUCUGUACCCUAAAGGUCAAGGACACCAACGUCAUCAGUUUCCCACACCUCGGAAUACAGUGUGCCAAAAAGAAAGAUGUGGAAAAUAACCUGAAACAGAGAAAAGAAAUCAAUGUGGAUCCAUUCCAGAGUGGUUUCAAACACUUGAACAAAAUCAACAGUAUAGAUCUUAACGUGGUCCGUCUGUGUUUCCAAGUAUUCCUGCCAGAUGAAAAUGGAAAAAUCACCCGCAUUGUUCCUCCCGUUGUAUCACAUUGUAUUCACGAUAAAAAGUCAUUGAACGAGUUGGUAAUCUGCCGAGUAGACCGACACUCGGGGAAGGCAAAGGGAGGUGAUGAGGUUUUCCUGCUGUGUGAGAAAAUCAACAGAGAUGAUAUUGUGGUCCGGUUCUAUGAGGAGACAGAGUGUGGAGAAUGUGUGUGGGAAGACUUUGCCGACUUCAGCACAAACGACAUCCACAGACAGUACGCCAUUGUCUUCCGCACACCACCUUACAAAGACACAAUGAUCACACGGCCAAAGGAGGUCAAAAUGCAGCUCAAACGCAACAAUGAACCCGAAACCAGCGACUCAAUCCCAUUCAUUUACAUGCCUGAAGACCCAGAUCCUGACCGAAUCAUGGAGAAAAGAAAAAGGAAGGCUGAUCAGCUGAAAAACUGGGGAUUUGAUAUGAAUGUCUCUGGAGAAGACAUCAAGCAGAGGCUGAAGAUAAAGGCGACCAAGUCCAGGAUCAAGCAAGAAGUGCCUGAAGUCCCUCCCUACACCGUGGAGAAUCUUCUGGGUGGGGCCCAUCAGAUGCCGCCAGUGUCCAAUGUCACCACCACCCACACAAAGGACGGCACGUCCCUCAAUGUAAGGACCCUGGACAACACAACCAUGGGAAAUGUGACCAUUACCCCCACGGAGAGUGUUCGUCAACAGCUCGCUAACCUGCCUGACGACGUGCAAAUCAAACUACUGCAGAAUCUGGCCGUGCGUAAACUCCAGGAGGAGGCCACAAGCCGUAUCAACCAGCCCGGUCAGCCCCUGGAAAAGGACCACAGCACCUUCCUCCAGUCUCUUCUCGGUGGAGGCAUGGGGAUACCACAGAAUUCAAACCCUGCACAACCGCUGAACCAGAACCUCAUGAUGGGAGGUCAGGCAAUGGGUCAGUGCUCGGGGAUGGACCAGGAGAAUGUAGACUUAAUGCUUCAGGCUUACCUUGGUGAUCAGGAUCAGAACAUGUCCUUCGACAGCUUCGGCUCAAACAUUGGAAACAUGAACUUUGACCCCUCAGUGGGAGCCAAUCUUAAUGUGACAAAUGAUCAGGGAGGGUUAGACGAGACAAAGACAGCUGUCCAGUCUCUGGGCCAGUCCUGAGGCCCCUCUGACAGAGGCAUUGUUAUUCGUAUUGUUACGUUAUUAUGCGGGUUAUGAUUUCAUUUCCUCACUGGAUGCCCUCCAGUUUAAAUUUCUGGGUGAAAAUCUGUCCUUCAAGGUGAAAGACAGAUGACACAUACCUAUGUGCAUGUUCGCCCACGUAUAGCAACCUCAGCAGGAAUAACUUGCUUAUUCGGGUGGAAAUUAUUUUAAGUAGGUCACAGACUGUAGAUUAAGAAGAGACGGAUAUAGUGCUUUAAAUACACAAGGGUAUGCGAGUUACUAGAGCGGUGGUCAGUAGCUAUGAAGGAAACACCAGGAAGUGAUACCGCCCACUCACUGAACGAGGAAGUGAAACUACACCUUGCUUUGUUGGCUGUUUUUUGUGUUCUAUAUUUAGAUGUGAAACUGAAAGGCAGGAAUUUACCCAUUACUAUAAUGUUAAAGGGUUUAUAUAUAGGGAGAGUAUGAAUGAGUGGUAAAUUCCAGAUUUAUUUUGAUACAAAUUCACGUGUAGUGCUCAUUUUAAUUCAAAGUACUCAUUUUAUCAUAUGUACAUAAAAUCUUCAUGCCAAUCAAUUGUUGCAUUUGGUAUUAUUGUAACAUACAGCUUGGUGUGGUUGUAUUUUGUCCAAAAAAUUACGCAUUUGUAAAUAUUUUACAUAUUUUGUAUACAAUAUUUUUAUUGAAAAUGUAGCUCAUUGUAAAUAAAGUACAAGUAAUACCCCA